AUGGCAUCGCAAAAGAUUAAGAAGCAAGUGGAAAAAAACUACCGCGCCGGCUUCUUCACGACCCGGGCGCCGACGACAAAAAAUUUGGGCCUAUCAGAACAGGAACAAGAUGGCGACGGAGGUAAUGACACACUGCCACUGCAAACCUCCCCAGGGGCGCAAAACUUACCAGUGACCCAGGACUUCUUGCAGAAGUGCCUAGACAACAUGUUCAGUAAGAUCCUGGAAACCCUGCAAGGCACACUGAGAGAAAUGAAACGAGAGAUGCAGGAGCUGGGGGACAGGAUGGCACAUGUGGAAAACCGCAUGGAGGAACAAGCCACAGCACACAACGAAAUGGCGGAACAGGUGAAAGAUAUACAGCAGCAACUAGACCUCACACAGACAGGGCCGGACCAGACCAGCGGCACAUUCUGA